GCGAGGACACGCCUUUCUGGGUGGCGACACGGCCGAGGGGGGGUCCCGUCGGCAGGCGCACAGACAGCAGGCAGCAGCUGCAGCGAGAGGACGCCGCCACCGCCGCUCUGCAUCCACACGCUCACACCACGAAGCGCACGGGAUAGCAACACACACACACACACACACACACACACACAGCUCACACACGAACACACACGCGCGCGCGACAUCCAAAAUGGUAGACCGCGAGCAACUGGUGCAGAAAGCCCGGCUGGCAGAGCAGGCGGAGCGGUACGAUGAUAUGGCAGCUGCCAUGAAGUCGGUCACAGAGCUGAAUGAAGCACUAUCCAAUGAGGAGAGGAACCUGCUCUCCGUGGCCUAUAAGAACGUGGUGGGGGCAAGGCGCUCAUCCUGGCGCGUCAUCUCCAGCAUUGAGCAGAAGACGUCGGCCGAUGGCAAUGAGAAGAAGAUCGAGAUGGUGCGCGCCUACCGGGAAAAGAUCGAGAAGGAGCUGGAGGCCGUCUGCCAGGACGUGCUCAACCUCCUCGACAACUUCCUGAUCAAGAAUUGCAAUGAGACGCAGCACGAGAGCAAAGUGUUCUACCUGAAGAUGAAGGGCGACUACUACCGCUACCUGGCCGAGGUGGCCACAGGGGAGAAGAGAGCCGCGGUGGUGGAGUCUUCUGAGAAGUCCUACAGCGAGGCCCACGAGAUCAGCAAGGAGCACAUGCAGCCCACCCAUCCCAUCCGCCUGGGCCUGGCGCUCAACUACUCCGUCUUCUACUACGAGAUCCAGAACGCCCCGGAGCAGGCAUGCCACCUGGCCAAGACCGCCUUCGACGACGCCAUCGCCGAGCUGGACACCCUCAACGAGGACUCCUACAAAGACUCCACUCUCAUCAUGCAGCUGCUACGAGACAACUUGACGCUGUGGACGAGCGACCAGCAGGAUGACGAGGGCGGGGAGGGCAACAAUUAAAAGAGUCCAAAACCUCAUUCUGCCAAAACAACACAACACGCGCGCUCACAAAUGUUAACAAAACAAAAAAUAGUUUAAAAAAAAGUUCUUAGAAAUUUAAAAAAAACGGGAGGGAGGGAUGGGGCGGUGGGACAUCGGCGGCCAAUUUAGCCGAUGGUACUAACGCGGCUGCUGUUCUUUAUUUUUCCAGUUAAAAGUGAAACAAAAAGUCGGAGGAGGAGGGAAGACAAUUUUAGUUUGAGAAAUAACCUUGAAUUAAAAAAAAUUAAAAUAAACGAACCCCCCCCCCGCCUCCUUGAAAGCCUCUGCAGCUUUUGCCAAAAUACCACUGUAGAAGCACGAGGCGUGUCACCCGUCACGGCGUGACUAUUGGGUGACGACGCCUUCACACGGGCCGAGACCGGUCUCCUCGCGCAAACGAAGCUGAGCUGUCUUGUUGUAUUUGGUGAGGGGCGAGGAGCAUUAAGAGGUGGAGUUCGGAUGCUUGAGCGACAAGAAAAUUUUGAGUAACCUUGAAUGUCAUGGCCUUGUUUAGUGAAAGACGGACAGGCGGACAGACGGAGAGAGGGAGGGAGACUGAGCGAGAGAGAGCGACGGGUUACGGAGCUGUAGACGGGCUUUCAGGGGUGUCGGACUUCACCGCGUAACCAGGCGUCUUUAGUUGCACCGCUUUAUGAUCGCUGAGUGAGAAGCAGGUUGGAUCUGUUAUUGAAGAUAACACAUGGGGGGGGGAGAAACAACAUUUUUGUUUGCUUCGUGUCGGGUUUGUGUCCAGCUGAGUCACACAGUCAUACUGUAACUAAAAAAAAUACAAAUUCAUAAAGUGAAGUUAGUGCGGCUUGUCCCUCUCAUGUGCUGAUGUGCUUUAUUGAAUAAAUUUACUGUUUUCGGACGCCCAAUUCCUUUUCUUUGUUAGUAUUGUUGUUACGAUAACAGCCUUCAUUGGGUUCUACAGGAAAUGAUUUGAUUCACAAAAGUCUGUAUGGCAAAAAAAAUUUAAAAAAUAAUGGAAAUUUGGACAAACGUGUUAAAUUAUGAAACAAUAAACGAGUCCACCCUUAUUCUCCAGUUAUUCUAUCUUCAUAACAAGCGUCUCUGACACGGCACCUGUAACCACAGACUUGAUUCGUGAACUUUGUGGACAGAGCACAUGCAAUGUGAAGCGGAAGCUCUAAAAGCAGACUUGAGGUUUGUGGAUUUUACUUUGUCCUCAGUUUCUCCUUGGUCAAGAAAUGCACUUGCCUAUUAUACUGUUUCUUCAGUGUAAGAUGAUAACUGCUCCAAUAUCCUCCAUAAUACAAUAUUGUGCAUGCUGGUGAUGUAUUUAUACAGUAGCUUCAAUUUAUUAACUUAUACUGUAGAUGUUAUGUAUUCAUAUGAACAUGAAAUUAAUAGACCUUAACCAGAUUAUUUUCUAUUUAUUUCUUUUUAUCGCAAUUGUUAGCUAUCUGAUUUGAAUCUGUGUUUUCUUUACUCCAUUUGCUGAAGUACGCUAUACCAAAACAGUGAUUGUUAACAAUAAAUUGAUCUGUUACAGACA